AUGUCAUCAGCUCAGACUGCGUUCACAAGUUCUUCAAAUGGUGGUAAAAAUCACGGUACAACAACUAUAAAAAAAUCAGGUAAUAUAGCUGGUUUUUCUUCAAGUAAUGUUUCAUCAAAUUUGACUGCAAUUGAUACUUUUGGUAAUAAAUUUGAAGUUCCAGAUUUUACUAUAAAAGAAAUUUUACAAGUUAUACCUUCAGAGUGUUAUAAGCGUAAUUUGAUAACUUCAUUUUAUUAUGUAUUUAGAGAUAUCGCAUUAAUUUUGACCGUGGGUUAUUUUGCAAAUUCUUAUAUUCCAUUAAUUGAUUCACAAAUAAUUAGAGGUUGUUUAUGGGCUUCGUAUAGUUUUAUUCAAGGUUUAUUUUUAACUGGUAUUUGGGUUUUAGCUCAUGAAUGUGGUCAUCAAGCUUUUUCUGAUUAUGGUUGGGUUAAUGAUUUAACUGGUUGGUUUUUACAUUCAUAUUUAUUAGUUCCUUAUUUUUCAUGGAAAUAUACUCAUUCAAAACAUCAUAAAGCAACUGGUCAUUUAACUAGAGAUAUGGUAUUUGUUCCAAAAACAAAACAACAAUUUAUCGAAAGUAGAGGAGCUAAAGAUUUAGAUGAUUUAUUAGGUGAUUCUCCAAUUUAUUCAUUAUAUCAAUUAAUUUUACAACAAACAAUGGGAUGGAUUGGUCAUUUAUUUUUAAACUUAAGUGGUCAAAAACAUCCAAAUCAUAAAUUUUAUCAAGUUAAUCAUUUUAAUCCAACUUCUCCAUUAUUUGAUAAAAAAGAUUAUAAUUAUAUUUUAUUAUCUGAUUUAGGUAUAAUUUUACAAUCAACUAUUUUAUAUAUUUGGUAUAAACAAUUUGGUACCUUUAAUUUUGUAAUUAACUAUUUUAUUCCAUAUUUAUUUGUUAAUCAUUGGUUAGUUUUCAUUACAUUUUUACAACAUUCAGAUAUCAAAAUGCCUCAUUAUACUAAUGAUGAAUGGACUUUUGCAAGAGGUGCAGCUGCUACUAUAGAUCGUGAAUUUGGAUUUAUUGGUAAACAUUUAUUUCAUGAUAUUAUUGAAACUCAUGUUUUACAUCAUUAUUGUUCAAGAAUUCCAUUUUAUAAUGCAAGAAAAGCAAGUGAAGAAAUUAAAAAAGUUAUGGGUAAACAUUAUCAACAUUCUGAUGAAAAUAUGUGGGUUACUUUAUGGAAAUGUGCAAGAAUGUGUCAAUUUGUUGAUGGUGAUAAUGGAGUUUUAAUGUAUAGAAAUUUAAAUGGAUUUGGAGUAGAUCCAAAAAAGGAAAGAAAGUAA